AUGCCUCUAAUUACGGCCUCCCGAGGAGAGACCGAUCCUGCAGUCUUCAAGAGGGUUGCAGAUUCUGUGAUCAUUCCCAAGUUCUCUCCAAGGAGCGGAUCGUCUUCUGGGCGUAGUAAUUCCUUUCAAAUCCUGACAACGUCUCCCUCGGACUUGGUCAAGAUGCUGCCUCCUCCAUCAUCACUCGCUGGCUACCGUCUCACUCCUGUCGAGUUUGAGAAGGGCAAUUAUGAUACUAACCAUCGCAUCGAUCUCAUCGCCGCUGCGUCAAACCUUCGUGCGAUGAACUACAACAUCACCGUCGCUGGUCGUCAUACCACAAAGCAGAUACUACAGGCAAAAUCAUUCCCGCCAUCGCUACUACUACCGCGCUUGUCGUCGGUUUGGUGUGUCUUGAACUUUACAAGGCAAGAUGUUUGCUAUCCUUACCGGAAGGAUGGAAAGAAUAAGAUAGAUGACUCCAUGAACGGUUUAAUUAUCAACCUUGCUUUGCCUUUCUUCGGGUUUUCAGAGCCCAUCGCUGUCGCAAAGAACAAAUUCCAAAAUACUGAGUGGACCCUUUGGGACCGGUUGGAGUUCAAGCUUAAUGACCCAACACUCAAGGAGUUCAUUGCUUGGUUUAAGACUAACCACAACUUAGAUGUCAGCAUGAGCGCUGAGAGGAUGCCUAUGAAAUUCACUAGGCUGGUAGAGCACGUCAGCAAGAAGCCUAUUCCCCUGCACUGCGCCAAGCACCUUUUGGUUGAAGUCAUGCUCAUGGAUGAGAUGGAGGAUGUUGAGGUACCUUUUAUUCUGAUAAAGAUUUGA